AGUAGUCAGCCAGUAAAACCCAGCCUAUCAGCAUCAGCAUGUUAAUCUAUCCACAAUUUGAAUUCACAUUGCCUUUGCCAGUUACCCCCGGCAUUUCAAAGCGAUCGGUCGUGUUUCAUUGAGAGUUACUAUUUAUUUAUUUUUGAUUUUUUAAAACCUUUCAAAUGUUUAGAUCAAAAUGCAUUAAUAUAUAUUUUUAAUCCAACGAUUUCUUAAACAUAAUUCAAAAUUAAAAAAAUAAAUUUAGCGUAAAAUUUUUUUUUCUAAACUUUCGCAAUUUUUUCCGAAACUACGGAAAACGGAGAAAAAAUGUUUUAUGUUUUAUAAAUAUAACAUUCAAUUCAAUUUUUUAUUUUUUAUCUUCGUUUUUGUUGCUUCACAGUAUUAAAUCAGGCGAAAAUGAAAAUAAUAUAACAACAAAUGUAAUUUAUGUACCCAUAUAGACACAAUUUUAAAUUUAAAUCUGUCGCGCCUUUGAGCGAUACCACACACAUUUUGCGCAUAAAAAAUACUGAACUGAACCUCAGACAAACAAUUAAUUGUUCGAAAUGUGUUUCAAUAUGUAGCGCUUUUUUCUUGUUUUCUUAUUUUUUUCCUGAUUGAAUUUCUUUUGUAGUUACUUUUUAAAUGCUUCAAAUAAUUUGUUUUAUUGUUUUGAAUUAAAUGAUUCAUUAUGUUUUUGAAGAAAAAAUACAAAAAAAAACGAUACCAUGUUAAAAUUUUCAGAAACAAACAGAUUCCCCAAUAAUUUGAUUUAUAAAAUAAAAUUUUAAUACAAAACUAAAAAAGAAAAAAAACAGCAACUAUAAAUUAAUUACAUUUAUAUUCGAUCGUGUGCUCAGAAAUUUUUGUAGAUCGUUUGUGUUUCUUCUUAUAUUAAAGAACAAGGUCGGUCAAUGAAAGAAAGGAUCGCAAGUGAGACAAAAAUGUUACUGCUCAACAUAUCACUAAGCUAAAUAGUUUUCAACACAACCUUUCUUAAUUGGCAAGACAACAACAAAAUUGCAAACACGAAACUUAAAAGUGGAACUAUGGCCCUUUCGUCAGAUGGUGAUGAUUGCUUUCAGCUAAUCGAUAGCAAGUACAGAUGUAAACAUAGAUGUAGAUGUAGAAAAUAUUUGAAAGACUACUAUCAACACUUUGUUGGUUACCGUCAUGUUAAAGAAGAAAUCAUUUUUCUAGAACAGAUCCGUCAGGCAUCAACACAUCAUCAUGAACAAGAAUAUCAGGCAACAGGACCUCAUGGUUUCGAUAAAUACAGUAAGAAACGAUGCAACUGUAAAACCAAAAAAGUUAAACCUGAAAAAAUCGAUGAUGAUGAUGUUGAUGAUGGUGAAGAUGAUGAUGAAUAUCAUGAUCAUGAUAAAUAUUAUCGUGUUGAUGAUGAAGAUGACGAUGAUGAAUAUGAUGAUGAUGAUGACGAUAAUGAUGAUGAUAAUGAUGAUCAUCAUGAUCAUCAUCAUUUUCGUGAGAUAAGUUUUUUGGAGUCAACGUCAUCUUCAUCGUCAGAAAACUGUACGUCAAUUUUUGCACAAGAGUUGCAUAGAAAAGCAUUUACGUCACCACUGGAGGAUAAAAGACCAACAACAAAUUCAUUUGUUUUAGAUCCAUUAGCUGAAACAUUAGUGCCAAAUAAAUUCGAAUCAUCUGCGCCGCCUUCCAUUAGUAGUAGUAGUUCACUAUCAUCAUUAACAAAAUGUACAAAAAAAGUUCCUUAUUCAAGUUUUCAUCACACAAAUUUGGAUUGGCGGUCCCGAAGAACUUUGACACAAUCAACAACAACAACAACAGCAACAACUAAAUUUAAAUCUUCAUCGACUUCAACAACAUCUUGUGAUAUCUUAUAUGAUUAUUCAAUUAUAAAUUCAACUACUAGUUCAUUAAAUAAAUUGACUAAAGUGACUUUUGGGAAAAAGUUAUCGGUUGAAACAACAACGAAGUCAUCUUUAAGGAAGCCUCCUAAAUUUAGAUGUAAUUAUAUGCUGAUUAUAUUGAUUAUGAUAGUUAAAGAGUGUCAUCUUAACUUCAGUGAUACUUUAAAUCGCAUAAGACGUAAGACUCAAUUCCUUCUUCCUUUACUUAUACUCUUGCAAUUGCUUAUGGCUGUACCAUUUACGCAUUGCACUAGUCCGCCAAAUACGAACCAGUCCUUAGCUGCAGCCAUGUCUGCUUCUAACUCAUCGGCAGCAGACUUAUUAUCAUCAUCGACAUCACCAUCCACAGCAAUUACAUCAACUGCAUCUUUAAGUAAUUUGAGUUUUCAAAAUAGAAAAAUAGCAGACCAAGAAAAACAUGGCCAAGGUCAGAGAUCUUCAGCACCAUCGGUAGUUUCACAAUUAUCAACAGCAUCAAGAAUAAGUGAAAUAUCACACCGUCCAACAGGUGGUAGUAGUAUAACAAGUUAUUUCGGUCACGAGGCGAAAAUUCGACGUGAUCCUAGUUUAAGUUAUACCAAUAGCGGUUGUCAUUCAUGUCAAAUGCGUGAACAAGUUAAAGCCGAUAAUCUAGAAUCGAUAAAGCGGCACAUUUUACUGCGCCUCGAGAUGCAGACAAUACCGAAUAUAACUGCCCCCCAGGUUCCACGUACGAUAAUAGAAAACUUUUAUAAAAGUCAUAGUUUCAAUGGAAACAAAAAAGGUUCGUCUUCAUCUUCAAUUCAUAACCAGCAAGAAAAUUCACAUUCAUAUUCAGAAGGAGCAUCUGACACGAAAAAUGGCUUAGUGUAUAAGACUUAUCCUUUAUCACAAUCUGAUACGUUAAUCGAUAGUAACAGUAAUUCAAAGGUCAACGGAGGAAUCAAGCGAAACGACAAUAAUAUGCAGGGCGAUGAUCCAAACAUUUUUCCAAGCGAUUUCGGUCAAAGUGUUGACCAUGAUGUGGACGAUGACGAUGACGAAGGAGGAGAAAAAGAUGAUGAGCUGCUGAGGAAUAAUCUAGAAGAUGAAGUUUUUUCUGUGAUCAAUAGCGUGUAUGUUUUUCCAACAAUGCCCCGUGUGCGACAUAAUCGAAAAGCUGAAAUACUCAAUUUUAAAUUUAAAGGCAGCGAACAUUCAACAAUAUCACAAGCUCUACUUCACGUAUAUAUUCGCGGUCGAGAUUGGAUGCAUGAAAACGAGCCAGUUCAAUUCGAUCAGAAAAAUAUAAAUGAUGAUCACAAUGAAAUCGUCAUAACAAUUCAUAGAGUUAUACGUCGUAUAAAUAGCACAAUUGCAACACAUACUGUGAACAUAAACGAAUCCAAGCAUAAGAUUCCAAACGGACUAGGUCAAUGGAUUUCGAUAGAUGUUACACAAUUAGUACAGGGAUGGGUAAGAAAUACGACAACAAACCAAGGAAUAGUGAUAAAAGCGGCCGAAGCUUGGAUGAGGCCAUUUAUUACAACAGGAGAUCUACCCAAUAAUAAAGCAUUUACAGUUUAUAUAGAAAUGCUAACAAAAGACAAUAGAAAACGUCGAACAAAACGUAACACGUCAAUGAAUUGCUCCGAGAGUGACAAUGAAGAACGUUGCUGUCGCUAUCCGUUGGUUGUCAAUUUUAUUGAAUUCGAUUGGACAUGGGUUGUCGCACCCACUCAAUUCAAUGCGUACUUUUGCAAUGGCGAAUGCAAGCUUGGUUUUUUAGAAAAGUACCCACAUACUCAUUUAAUGCAAUUAAGCACAGCACCACAACCGUGUUGUUCACCAACUAAAAUGAGUCCAUUAAGAUUGUUGUAUUUUAAUACAGAAAAUACACUGGUUAUGAGCACAAUACCUAAUAUGGCCGUUGAGAAAUGUAGUUGCUCUUAGUCCUUAUAUUGCUUUAUAAGAACAAUAAAAUCGUUAUAAAAUUUAUACCAAAAAAUACUUAGUGAUAAUGCACAAUACCAAAAUAAAUGGUGAUAUUUAAUAAAAAAAAAAAGAAUAAAACAAAAUAAUGCACUCUAUCUAAGUGCUGCCAAAAUUCAAAAUGAUGCAAAAAACAUAACAGUCUAUAAGAAAUCAUUAUCUUAAAUAUUAAAAUAUCUCAUAUCA